AUGCACAAAUAUCAGCCUCGGCUCCACAUAGUUAAAGCAGAUGAAAAUAAUGGAUUUGGGUCCAAGAACACUGCUUUCUGCACACAUGUCUUCUCGGAAACAGCGUUUAUAGCAGUCACUUCCUACCAGAACCACAAGAUUACACAGCUAAAGAUUGAAAACAACCCAUUUGCCAAAGGAUUUAGGGGGAGCGAUGACAUGGAGCUGCAUCGAAUGUCCAGAAUGCAAAGCAGCAAAGAAUAUCCAGUGGUCCCAAGAAGUACAGUACGACAGAAGGUUUCAUCCAAUCAUAGUCCAUUUCCCUCUGAAUCUCGGAAUAUUUCCAGCUCCUCCAACCUCAGUUCUCAAUAUCAGUGUGAGAAUGGUGUUAGCAGCACCUCACAGGACUUAAUGCCUCCUUCCAACUCCUACCAAUCUCUUCCUCAUGAACCUGGGCCUAUAUAUCACUGCACAAAAAGAAAAGCAAGCGAAGAAUCAUCUGAACAUCCUUAUAAGAAGCCCUACAUGGACACAUCUCCAAGUGAUGAAGAUCCAUACUACAGGUCUGGGUAUCCACAACCAUCCUCCUCCUCUUCAUCCUCAACCUCAUUUCGCACAGAGUCUGCCCAACGUCAGGCCUGCAUGUAUGCUAAUUCAGCACCUGCCACAGAGCCUGUCACGGGCAUAGAAGACAUUUCAUGUAAUACCUGGUCAAGAGGUGGAAUGCAACCUAUGGAGCGAUUGCCCUACCAGCACUUCUCUGCUCAUUUUACCUCCAGUUCACUCAUGCCCAGACAUCAGCCCUCUCACCAAGCUAUUGUAAGGCAGUGUGCACCUCAGUCUGGGUUACAACAGGCAUCUUCCAUCCAGUCCUCUGACUUCCUUUACCCACAUGGAGUUCCUCGGACCCUAUCGCCACACCAGUAUCACUCUGUUCAUGGGGUGGGAAUGGUACCAGAAUGGAGUGAGAACAGCUAA